AUGCCGCAGACUAUCCGUCCAACAUCGGCCAUGUCUUCAACCGGAAGUCCUCCACCGCCGCUCAAACGCCGCAGAAGGAGACCUGCCCGGUCCUGUGAACAAUGCCGGUCUAGGAAGGUCAAGUGUGAUAUGGGUCAGCCCUGUACCGGUUGUGUCCGGGCCAGAGCGCCGAUGCGAUGUUCUUACCGUGAUGGGAGCACCGUUGAAGCCGCCCCGGAAACUCGGACCUUGGCAGCAGUUGAAAGGGAGGAAGUUAUAGCAACGCCGCAGACUCAGAACAGGGCCGUGGCCUAUCCCCGAGAUCCGGUGUCUCUACCAUCAAGAUCCAUCGACAACCAGACUCCCGUAUUGACUCGAGAAAAUCAUGUCUUUCAACCUGUCUCAUCCCCUCAAGUUUUGAUACAGACUCCAUCCUCAAAUUCAAUUGCGCCGUUUACACCAAGACUUCGUCAUGUACCAGAAAAGACCAAGCUCUUCGGCCAAACGCAUUGGCUCCAUACUGCAGAGAAGUUCCCUGUCUCUGGAAACUUUCAUCCUGUCGAGGUCGAGCCAUCUUUUGAAUAUGCCAAGUCUGAUUUCUUCGACGUAUUGAAAGAAGCACGGAGCAUACGCUUCGGCCUCAAGAAACAGAUUUCAUCUAACCUUGAGCAACCCAUCCAAAACUUGCGCAGUACUCUCCCUACCAAAGCAGUCUGUGAUGAGCUAAUAGCCUGUUACCUUCGUACAUUCGAGCCCAUGUACCGCAUCGUACACAUCCCCUCUUUCUGGAAGGAAUAUGACCGACUAUGGGACAGUGAACAUCCAUCGUCGCUAUCAACUGUCUCUAUGGUCAGGCUAACGUUGGCCAUGGCUAUCGGUACUACAUUUGCGAAGUUUGAUAGUGAUAACGAGAUAAAUCACCUAUGGCGGCUUGCGCAGACGUGGAUUCAAAAUGCCCAGUGGUGGCUUACAGGACCAAACGAGAAGACAACCUAUAAUCUUGAUGGCUUGCAAGUGUUUUGCCUACUGAUACUUGCUCGCCAAACAACCUUCAACUGCCGUGGAGCAACUUCAUGGCUCUCAUCAAGCUCUCUGUUACGCGCUGCAGUCACCAUGGGCCUCCACCGGGACCCCAAGCUAUUCUCUGGUCUAUCACUCUUCCAGAAAGAGUUCCGCGCUCGACUUUGGGCCACAGUACUAGAGCUGGCCGUUCAGUCAUGUCUGGACCUUGGUCUACCUCUGCAUCUUUCCGAAGAAGACUUCGAUGCGCCCAUUCCAUCAAACUUCAACGACCCUGACCUUGAGUCAACCUCUUCCGAAACACCAUAUCCUAUGGAUACGUUUACAGACUCGUAUCUUCAAAUAUUCCUGGCCAAAUCUUUGCGGCUAAGAGUGGGAAUAAUACGAUUACUGAACGACAUUCGACAAGAAAAGUCGCACGAGAAUGCCCUAGCAAUGGGAACGGAACUACGUACGGCGUGCAGAGAUGUAGCUGCCUUCUUCAACUCAUACAAGCAGGGUCAGGCUAAAGUCGAACAUGGCUCGACUUUGGAAGCUACCGAGUUCCACCGUAAGCUGAUCGAUAUUCAGUUGCGUCGUUUCAUCAUGUUUCUUCAUCGAGACUUUAUGCUACAGGCGAAAAUAGAUCCUCGGUUUUAUCUUUCUCGUAAAGUAUGUGUUGAGGCUGCUCUCGUCAUUGCAACUGGAAGCAAGGGCGUCGACCUGGAUGUGCCUCUUCAGCUGUGGGACGACAUGUCUCGAUUGUCUUUUGUCGGACGAGGUCUGUUCAAAUGUGCGCUGAGCUUUGAUGCUAUGCUCAUCCUGGCACUCGAGAUCAUAACCGACCUACAGGACGAGUCAACACCAGAUCAUGAGUCGGAUAUACUCAAAGAGAUGGCGAGGGCCGCUCGUAACCCUCUGAUGCAGACUCUGGAAGAGAUAGGCAGACAACUUCGCUGUCUCAUAGCUCGAGGAAACCUUAGUCUCAAGAGGCUUCUAUUCUCGAAUGCGCAUUUAGCCCAUAUUCGAGCACUCGAAACGGGACGUCCAGUCAAAACAGCUGUGUACGAAGCUGUUAUCUCGACUUUACGUGACUGCGUAGUAAUGAUGCGUGAAGUCCAAGCGGCUACCACGCCGCAAGAAUCAGUUCUCACCUCAGACAGCUUCCAUACUGACUUCCUCGGCCCGGACAUGUUCUUCAAUAAUAAUAUCAUGGAGUGGGAUAUAUCCGACCUCCUUGGGUUUCCAACAGCCGGUAAAGAGAGCCAUUGGCCAGCCAUGAAUUGA